GGCAAGAUGGCUGCGGAGCACUGGCUGAUGGUCGCGGGGCCGGGGCGCGGGACGGGGCUGGGCAGAGUGAUGCGUACCCUACUGGUGCUGUUGUGGCUUGCGGCCCCCGGCAGCGCGCUCUACUUCCACAUUGGGGAGACGGAAAAGAAGUGCUUUAUUGAGGAGAUUCCGGACGAGACUAUGGUCAUAGGAAACUACCGGACGCAGCUGUAUGACAAGCAGCGGGAGGAGUACCAGCCGGCCACCCCCGGACUUGGCAUGUUCGUGGAGGUGAAGGACCCAGAGGACAAGGUCAUUCUGGCCCGACAGUAUGGCUCUGAGGGUCGGUUCACUUUUACCUCCCAUACUCCUGGUGAGCACCAGAUCUGUCUUCACUCCAAUUCCACCAAGUUCUCCCUCUUUGCUGGAGGCAUGCUGAGAGUUCACCUGGACAUCCAGGUGGGUGAACACGCCAACGACUAUGCAGAAAUUGCUGCCAAAGACAAGUUGAGUGAGUUGCAGCUACGUGUGCGACAGCUGGUGGAACAAGUGGAACAGAUUCAGAAAGAGCAGAACUACCAGCGGUGGCGAGAGGAGCGCUUCCGACAGACCAGCGAGAGCACCAACCAGCGGGUGCUGUGGUGGUCCAUUCUGCAGACCCUUAUCCUUGUGGCCAUCGGCGUCUGGCAGAUGAGGCACCUCAAGAGCUUCUUUGAAGCCAAGAAGCUGGUGUAACCAUCCCAGGCCUCACAGGCCGUCCUCCCAGGCUUGGGGAGAAAGGGCCUCCUGGAACUGAUUUCUCUCUGGCAGGACUGGUUCCCAGCCAUAGGUGUUCUAGAGGGAAGAGGGGUUGCAGGCACCCCCAGGCACAAGCUGAGGGGAGCAGCUUGGCUGGCUAAUACUGAGCAGGUGGUGGGCAAAUGCCUGCCCUCUUCUCCCCCUGGCCUCUGGGCCCUUUGCAGUAAUCACCCAGGGGCUGGUGAAGCCACUGGGCAACCUAUUGGCACCUCAGAAUCACAGUGUUACUGAUCAGGGAUGUGAGGCUGCUGUCUGGGAUGGCUGGGGGAGGGUUGUGGGUGGGCAAGCUGGUCUUCCUUCUGUCUUCCUUUGCUAACUUGGGAUUUUGAACAGGUUGGGGUGUGGCUGUGAUUUUCUGCCACCCUGGGAAGCUUGCUUUUCUCUCCUUUGGCCUAGACCCAGCCUGCUGAUCUAGGGUUUGUAUCAAUUGGGGAUGGGUUGGAGGGGGUUGCAGUGUGGGAAAGUGGCUUUGAUGUUGACCCCAGCUUCUUCACAUGGUUGUCCAUUCUGGGGCUUCAAGAACUGGGGUCAGGCCAAGCAGAGGCCUUGGUGCUGGUUGCGGAUGGGGCCUGCAGAGUCUUAGUUACUGAUUUCAUUUUCAUUAAGUCUAGGUUUGUUACAUUGGUUUCCCAAUAAAAAAAAUUGACUUCU